UCCUACUUUCGGUUUCAGUUUUACCACAACCACGGAAUUAGAUGCUAUCUAAGUCCGUGCCACAACAGAAGCUAGCGAAACAAAUUGUGUCAUCUAAUGGAGAACGCAUCUGCUGAUGUCCCUGGAGACCUGACAUUAGAACAUGUUUGUUCUGAUCCUGCUAUCAGAGAAGCUUUUGCUGACAGUGAAACCAGUCAAAUCUUCAAGGAAAUUGAAGAAGAUCCGACAAAACUAAAAAGCUACCAGGAAAAUCCCAAGGUCCAGAGAUCUUUAAGACUAAUAUACGAUCUACUGCAAGAACACCUACCUUGUAAUCGUCCAUCACAACAGCCUCUGCAGCUGCCAGGAAUAAUGCAGUCGAUGACACAGCUGGGUCAACAGCCAAAUAGUUCCAUGGGACCAGCAGAACUACAGGGCCUUCUGGGAAUGAUCGCUCAAUCCCAGGCAAAUGGGGGACGGGAUCUUUUAGAACAACUGAUCCAGCAGGGCUCCGGGGGAGUUUUAGAUGGACCAGCAAGUAUGAAUCCCUUCUCAGCUUAUCAACAGCCCUCUUCAUGUCUUCAAGCACCAACUGGACACCCACCUCCAAAUAUUCCCACAUUGAGUGGGAGUCCAUCUUCAGGUAAACAGAUGUCAAAACGAAGGCCACCUAUAGCUCUACCAAUGACAGGUGAAGAAUUUCAGUCUACUCUGCCCUCUAAAAGGAGAGUGUCAAACAAAAACCUGACUCCAAGCGAGGACCAAUGUAUCUCUGUUCUCCCUCCCAGGAACACAUCUGACUCUUAAUGGACAAGGCCUUUACAGAUUUAAUCAUUUGUUUGGGCUGCCACAUGCAUUCAAAAGCAGUUUUGUCGGCCUCAGCUGUGAUGAGUCGACUGCCACUCUGGUCGUAGGUCAUCGCAAAUAUCCCCGACUCCGAGUCAAUGGAACCA